UAAAAUGUGCUUUAAUAUUGCUUCGUAUCGUAAUUCUCAUUAAAAAAAAAGAACAAUUCAGUUUGGAUCUGUUUGUACAAAGAAGACUGAACCAAACCAUGAUCUGUUUCUUCAAUAUUUGUGCAAAAAUAUAUCCAUAUUAGCUGCGGAUUUCAGUUUCUUCAGCAGUUUGUAAGAAUCGAGAGAUGGCUGUAGCUGCUUAUGCAUCAUUGGUUUCUCUUUCUCAUGUCCUCGACAACGUUCAUUACCGUGCUGAGCUUCGUCGCCUUCAUGUCGACAUAGAAAAGAUUAAAUCUCUCCAAGAAGGUGUCAAUUUCUUGUUGGAGUUCCUUGAAAAGAACCAUAGAAGCAAAAGCCAGAAGGCUGAAGAUCUUUGGAAGCAAAUAUCAGAAGUUAGUUUGGAGAUGGAAGAAAUUUUUGACUUACAUGUUGUGAGCCAACUUCAGAAGGAAUCUCAGGGAGAAAGUAGUGAUCAUAUGGGCGCGAGAUCAUUCGAUGAAGAUUUGGACACUAUGAUCCAAAAGGUUGACUACAUCAAGCGAGAGCUAUCGAUUGUUGAAGAGGUCGUGGUUGGACAACAAACCAGAGCUUCUGUUCCUGCUGGCGGUUCUUCAACAGCUGCAUCCAUUGUUGGAAAGAAUAUUAUUGUGGGACUUGAGGAACACGUGAUCAAGAUUAAGGGUGAGCUAGCUAGAUAUGACGACAAUCUCCAAAUCAUCCCAAUUGUAGGCAUGGGAGGUAUUGGCAAAACUACUCUUGCUAAAAAAGUUUAUGAAGAUAAGUAUUCCAUGGAACGCUUUGAUGUGCGCAUUUGGAUUACAAUUUCUCAGGAGUAUAGCGUCGACGAGAUCCUCCUUGGUCUUAUCAAUGACGGAAAAGUAGAAAGACAUGGUGGAAAUUCAGAUGGGCCUGGGGAAAUAUUGCGCAAGAAACUCUAUGGCAGAAGAUACUUAAUUGUAAUGGAUGACAUAUGGACUCUUCAAGCUUGGUAUGAUUUAAGGAGGUUCUUUCCGGACAAUGGGAAUGGAAGUCGAAUUAUUGUGACCACUAGGCUAUCACAAGUGGCUGCUUCAUUGGGCUCUCAUGACCCUUAUCCGAUGACAUUUCUUGACACAAAUACAAGUUGGAGUUUAUUUUGCCAAACUGUAUUCGGAGAAGAAAAAUUUUCACAUCCAGAAUUGGAGCAAAUCGGAAGAGUGAUUGUAGAGAAUUGUAGAGGGCUUCCUUUGCAAAUUACUGUUAUAGGAGGACUACUUGCAAAGUCUGGCAUGAAUAAAGAAUAUUGGGAAUCAGUUGAGGAAAAUGUAAGUUCCUUUGGAAAUGCAAGCGAUGGCGAGCAUUGUUUGAAUAUAUUACUCUUGAGUUAUAAUAAUCUGCCUAUAUAUCUCAAGCCGUGUUUUCUCUACAUGAGAACUUUUCGCGAAGAUGCUCAAAUUGAAGUCUCCAAUCUAAUCCGAUCAUGGGUUGAUGAAGGUUUCAUAAAGAUAAAAAAUGAUAAACGUUUGGAAGAACUUGGUGAGGAAUACUUCAAAGAUCUUCUCGAUAGAAAUCUACUCUUUGUGCGUGAAAGAGAUGUACUCACGGGGGAAUUAGAAAAAUGCGGCAUCCAUGAUCUUUUGCGAGACCUAUGCAUUAGUGUAUCCAAAAAAGAGGACUUUUUGUGCUCUCCUAGAGUAAAAGACAUCGACAUAAGAUAUUGGAAUAGAGUGUGCUUCCUAUGCGGCGGCUCAGCAGUAGAAGAAGAAAGAAGAAAUCUUCUUGCACUUGAUGUCAUUCCUCCAUCAGCUUCACAAGAAAAUCCCCCGGUUUGUGGUGACUGUAAAGUGACAUAUUCACGUACGAAGGGACUAAGAUUGGUCAUGGCCCUCGAAGCAGUUGGUAGUGUUCAUGAUACACUUGUGCAGCACACUAAAUUACGGUGUGUCCGUGUUAACUUUGAUUUCUCUCCAAAUUUUAUUGCUCCUUCAAUUCUACAUUUUCUUUGGAACCUGCAGAGUCUGAUAUUCCCUUAUUCAUCUUCGGUAGUUUUACCAUCUGAAAUAUGGCAUAUGCCGCAACUUAGAAUUAUUGACUUCAAGGAUGUGGUGUUGCCGAAGCCUUAUCUUGCUCAUGUGGGAGAGAAAGAUAUCUUCAUUCUGAAGAACCUGCACACCCUUCACUGUGCAACGAAUUUUGAGCUCACCGAUGAGAUUCUUGGUGGAAUUCCUAAUCUGAAGGUACUAGGAAUAACGUAUGAUAAGCGUAUGAGAGAGUUGGAUACUUGUUUGUGUAAUCUUGGCAGAUUACAGAAACUUGAAAGACUAACUGUCGAAAAGACAUUGCAGAACAUCGGCUUUCCAAAUUCACUCAAAUUACUGCUUAUGAGGAAAUGCAGAAUUCCUUGGAGUGGUAUGUCAGUGGUUGGUUCAUUGCCUAAUCUCGAAGUUCUUGUGUUGUGGUAUACUGCAGAGGGCUCUGAGUGGAAUCCAACUGAAGGGGAAUUUCGUCGAUUAAAAACAUUGUGGAUUGUUGGUAGUGAUUUAGUAGCUUGGAGAGCUGAUCGAUACCACUAUCCGGUGCUUGAGAUGCUUGGACUUUUUAAAGUACCUUCGUUGGAAGAAAUCCCUUCAGGUGUUGGAGAUAUACCGACACUGCGUGAAAUUCAUUUGACAAAUUGCAGUAAGUCUGCUGUGGAUUCGGCAUACCAGAUAUUAGAGGAACAACAGAGUGUGGGAAAUGAUAUACUCAAGGUGGAUGUCUCUGAUGAUUCCGAUGAUUCCGAUAUAGAUGACACAGAUGAAGAUGAGGUGUCUGAAGACAAAGAUGAAAAUGAAGACGACGAAUCUGAAGCUGAAGACACAGAGAAAGAUGAAGAUGAAGAUGAAGAGGAAAAUGAAGGUAAUGAGUCUGCCUGACUGAUUGCCGUAAGGACAGAAGAAGAAGAAGAUGAUGAUGGUAUGUAUAUAUAUAUAUCCAAGGUACUUUUAAUUUGAGGAGUUGUCAUAAUUGUUUUGUGGCUUCUAACUUGCUAAAUCGAUUUCUUCUAGCUUGAAUUUGGUAACAUUACAAGAAAAUAUCAUUUUUGUAACAAAGUUUUUUCGUCCCUAAAUUUACUUUUUUCAUUAUUAAUGAUAUUAGAGACGGAAUUAGGGAUUGAAUGAUGUUAGCUAAGUAAACUUUAGGGACGAAAUUUCGUUACAAAUAUACUAUUUUUUGUAGUGUAAUAAGAAUUCAAGUGUUGAAGAAAGAUUUCCAGAAAUUAUUCGGUAAUAUGUAGUCGAAAGCUUUAAAGGUUUUGGCAAUGAGGAGAAAUAUUGCUCGGUACCAUUUGCAAGUGGUACUUCAUUUUUCUCUAAACCAAAGACAUUAUUGUUAUAUGUGUGGAUGAUUUACUUAAUGUCUAUCUUCGUUUCCUUGUAAUUACCAUUUGCAUCUAUCAUCCGUUUUUGUUUUUGUUUUUGUUUUUUUCUUUAGCUUAUGAUUUAAUUAAGUAGCUUAGAAAUAUUUACUUAUUUACCUUCAGUUGUUCAGUAUAAUUUAAAUUACGGUCGAUUUCAUAUAUAUAUAUAUAUAUAGUGAAAAACCCGAGAUUGCAGGGCUGUAACUAAUCCAAACUAGAUGACUAAAUUAAUUCUUGUUUUGUGCAUUGUUUUGUUGUGUUCUUCGCAAUACUUACAUAACAAUACAUGCAUAGAGUUGAUACAAUUUA